UUUUUUUUGAAAAGUCUAGUUGACGUUUGCUUAGACUUUCAUCGCUGACUUGGUUAGGUUUGAGAGCUAAUUCAAACACAACGUUAUUGUAUUUUUAUUUGAAAACUGUUCUGUUUAUAGUCUUACUACGUUAGAUGAAGUGGUUAUUCCGAAUACAAGAUGGGGACGUCAGCGAGUCAACAUGUAGACUACGCUACUAAUGAGUAUUUAAUACGAUUUGUAGGAAAAGAAAGUAUUUCUCCUAACAAUCCAUUUUGGAACAGAUUUCUCUCAUUUACUCUAAAGCCACCAGCGACAAGGACUGAUGAUGAAACUCUCAUACAGAAAAUACUGCCAAUGUGUGAAGCUCUCCGGGAGAACAAUCUGCAGACAGGGAACUUGGCUUCAUUGUUGCAUGUCCUGUUCAACCUGUCUAGUCAGCUGCUUGGAUCAGCGGAAAUGGAGAAUAAUAUGUUCAGCUGGCAAACCUUCAAUGGCCUGUUCAUUGUGCGAUGUUUCACCAAAUACCUAGUACAGACUGGGAAAGAAGCUGACCUCAUCAGGCAUAUAGAAACCAAAGUGAAUGGGAAAGAUGGUGAUGAAUCUGUGCUAAAUCGCUAUGUGAAUACACUGAUCGACCUGAUAAUCUACAUGCCCCUUGUAGACCUAACAUAUGAACUGCAUGUGGAAACCAUCAACUGCCUACUAGUAUUGCUCUCUGUACAGCUUUUCACCACACAAUCAGCUGACCAGCUACAAAUAUAUAGGCUAAUGAUGGAGAAUGACCGUGCAGAGAAGCUGAGUAUUGCCCUGGUCCAGAGAUAUGUACAGCAGCCUAAACCACCACCUCCACCCGGGGGUAGCCUCCUGCUUGGCUUUGCAUCUGACGUCUGGAGUUAUCUGACGGGGGCCCAGGGUCCGGAGACGUCCACACUCGCCAACCAGGCUGUGCUGCUUGUGCUUGUCCUAAUCAAUCAUUGCAGCAAUCCUCGAAACCCUUAUAGAGAAACUCUCUGCUCCUACUCGGAUAAUCUAGGCAACCUGUUGACAUCAAUUUGUGCCACGUUAGACAGAGAAGAGACAACAUUAUUUCUCUACCAUCUUGUCCAUAGAAACCUCAACUUCAAAACAUAUCUACUCUCACGUUCAGACAUUGAAUCCUUGGUGUUACCGAUGCUGUGUUCUGUUUACAACGCCCCAGACAAUAACUGCCAUCACGUUUACAUGAGUCUCAUCAUCCUUCUCAUCCUUACUGAGGAUCCUCUCUUCAACAAGACUAUACAUUCCACAAUGUUGAAGUCUGUGCCCUGGUAUACAGAGAGGAUGGUACUGGACAUAUCUCUGGGAGGCUUGCUGAUUCUAGUCACCACACGAACAGUUCAAUACAAUCUGCUGAAGAUGAGGGAUAAGUAUCUACACACGAACUGCUUGGCAGCCUUGGCUAAUAUGUCAUCUCAGUUCUACCAACUGCAUCCGUACGUGUGUCAGAGGCUCAUUGGGUUGUUCCAGGUCCUUGCAAAGACUCAUGCACGUGCCAACUCUGAGCAAGCUACAGUACAGGAAGCACUGAGGAUACUGCUGGAAGUGAUAAACUCGUGUCUGUCCCACCAGCUGAUCCACAACACUAACCUGGUAUACACUCUGUUGUACAAGAGGCAGGUUUUUGAGCCCUUCCAGCAAGACCCGGCGUUCCAGGACGUCAUUCAGAACAUCAACAUGGUAAUUGACUUCUUCACAAGUAAGUUGGAGAAGGAGGAGAGCCAGAGCACUGAUGUCAAUGUAGUCAUGUCCCGGGUGCAGCAGGCUGCCAUACAGUGGCCUACAGAGAGGCUUAAGAAAUUUCCAGAACUCAAGUUCAAGUAUGUGGAAGAAGACAAGCCUGAAGAAUUUUUUAUCCCAUACGUGUGGUCUCUGGUGUCUCAGCUAUCCAACAUGUACUGGGACUCUGCCUUGUUCAAGCAGUGCUGAUAGUGACUAGGUGCUGGCCAGACUAUACAGUAUAGAUUGGUGAAAUAAUACUUGUCUACUGUGGCAUGUUCGAACAGUAAAUACAAGAUGUUAAUAAACAUUUCGUAAAUCGAUGUAUUAGUUUUUAAUAUAUAUUUAUUUUUAAGAUAAAUUAUGGAAUACGUUUCUUGAAUGACAUAAAAACAUUUAUUCUAAUAAAUAUUACGGACAACUAUUUAAGAAGAUUUUGUACUAAGAAGCCAUUCAUCACCAUUUUGUUGCUCUUAUGUUUACAAUAUAAUAUCAAAUUUAGGCACUCGUCGUGUAGUACUGCUAUCCAGCUACCCAGGGAAUUUGUAAGAUUCAUAAGUUUUGAUCACAAUGUGUCCAUAUGGUUUCUAGUCAAUUGAGACACAGCCCGAGGUCUGCUAUGUACAGGUUGGCUAGAGAGCAUUAGCUACACAUCACACAGAGUAUGAGCUGAGGAUCGGACUUAUCAAUAAGCGGAUUUGAAUAAUUACUUCUCGUCUAUGGGUUGUAGCGUGACGGUUAGCAUUGAGAAACUGAGUUUUUUUAGAAGUAAUAAAUGUACAGAAGUAAGUUCUUCCUUUGCGUUUUCUCCCGUGUCACAGAAUAAAGUUAAGGAAUUAAUGAUAACAAACACUGCAUUUGGUGCGGAUGGAAUAUCCAUAAAAAUGGUUCGGGGUUUGAUUCCCUACUGCAUUAGUGCAAUGACUCACCUUAUAAACGUCUCUUUAAGAACCGGCACUUUUCCAACCAGCUGGAAGCGGAGUGUGGUGAUUCCUCUUCCAAAAGUCCAUAAUCCUACUUCUAUAUCCCAGUUCCGGCCAAUAUCAAUUCUCCCAGUUCUGUCCAAAAUAUUGGAAAAAAGUUGUUUCAGAGCAGUUGGUCUUAUUUUUGGAAUUUGAGGGGCUGUUACCAGAGUCUCAGUCAGGAUUUCGGAAAGGUUUUAGUACAUGCUCAGCACUCCUCAAUCUAGUGGACGACAUGCUUUCAGCUAAGGAUGGUUUGGAGAGUUUGAUGACUGCAUUGGACUUCUCACAGGCUUUUGACUCUAUAAACUUUGAGUUGAUGCUGGCAAAGCUGGCUUUCUAUCGAUUUGAUGAAACUUCAGAGUGAUGUUUCUCAUCUUAUUUAUCUGGGCGAACGCAGAGCACAAAGGUUGACGGGAAAUUGUCAUCAGCAAUUCCUAGAUCUGUUGGAGUUCCUCAAGGCAGUUGCCUGGGACCCAUUCUCUUCCUCAUAUAUACCGCAGAUCUGAAGGAUCAGUUGAUAUACUGCUCGCUAAGUUCUUAUGCUGAUGAUUUACAGCUGUUGUUGUCUUAUCGAACCGGUGAGUCGGCUGAAGCUGCACGUAAAGUCAACAAUGACUUGGAGAGAGUAAAGAGGUGGUCAGAUGAUCAUGGUCUUCGGCUAAACUCCAAUAAAUGUUCUGUUUUGUAGUAAAUGGCUCAUCUUUGAAUGGCCAAUUGGUAAAGUGCAUGGCUGAAGGUUCUAUCCAUGUAGACGGUAAGCCUUUGAGUUCAUGUAAUACUUUGAAGGUUCUUGGCGUCACUCUUGAUUGCCAACUCGACUUUUCUUAUCACGUGAAAUCCAUAUGUAAAAAUGUUACAAUCAAGAUGAAAUGUAUAUCUAAGCUAAGCACAAUACUCCCAGUCUCAUCUAAAUUAGAAAUUAUAAGAUCAACAAUUUUCCCAUUAAUAACAUAUGCCCUUCCAACCUUUGCUUUUUGUUUAACACGGGAAAACGUGAUGGUUCUCACCCACUUACAGAAUAGGGCAUUGAGAUUUGUUUACAGUUUGAGGAAGUUUGAUCACAUAAGCGAGUACCGAUUAAAUGCUGGGGUGAUGUCGGUAGAGGGUUGCUCCCAGAAGGCCAGAAUAUCUUAGGAGAAAGCUGGUUUUUAGGCACGAGGUGAGUCAGCGCUGUACUCGACAGGAUGGUCUAUUAAACCUACCAAGGACAAGUUUAGAGAUAGGGAAAAAGGCAUUUAGACACUUUGGACCAAAAAAAUAUAAUGCUCUGCCCACUGCAAUAAAAAACCUCACCCUUUUUAAAAUUUAAGAAAAGUGUUACAGGCAUAUUUAAUUGAUAAAUGUUACUCGUAAUUUUAUUAUUGUGUGAUCUAUGUAUAAUGCAUUUUGUACACUUUGACAGGAGUUGUCAUGAAAAGCAGAGUUUGUACUUUGAUGAACGCUUGACCAAUAAAGACAUUUUUAUUUAUUUAUUAUUUAUAAGCCAAUUCAAUCUUGUAAAUAAGAGGGUUGUUCAGAAAUUAAGAGCCAUUUUCAUUUCACAACAAACGUAUGUUUUAUAUAUAUGUAUAAAAGUAAAUCUUAUAAGCUACUUUCUUACAUGUUUUCCAUACACAUUGAUGAGGCACUUUUCUUAGUGGCUAAGAAGGUUUUUAAUUCACACAGGAAUAUAUCUUUCAACCAGUUGUUGACUGUUAUCUUGAGCUCUUCAUCACUCCAGCUAAAAACUCCUCCAGCUUCAGAAAAAGGACGCAAUCAUUACAUAACAACAUAGUCUUCAUGAAAAUGUGUUUUUGCUUAUGGUCAUCAGUCUAAAGACAUAGGAUCCUUUGUGUGUAAAUGUUGCUGUAGUCCUGAGUAUUAGUGUGAUUUUGUAGACAAGUAAAUAUGAAAUCAUAGGAAAUUCGUUAUUAAGUUCAUGUAAAAUUUUCAUUAACUUUGACCUAGUUAUCAAUUUGAGUUUUUAGAUCUUCGUUAGUAAAUUUCAUCAGCUUUUGUCAUUAUUGCUACUGCUAUCUGACCUCUAAGUAGGCAACAUCACUUUUGUACUUUCCUUUUAUUCAUAAUAUUCUCUAACCACACACUGAAACAAAUCACAAUACAUUUCAGCAGGGUUUACAUGUUUAGUGCUGAAUAAACAAAUAAAUAACAGUGAAUUUCAUAGUAAACAGUAUGUUGUACUAAUAUAUUCAUUGUAAAUAUCAUAAAAUCAACACUGGCAACAAUACAACAAUGAAACUGUAUAAACAGGUAGCUUUAUAGAAUUUUGGAAGAAAAUCCUACUCAAAUUUUUACGAGUAAAUGUCCCUUAAUUUCUGGAUGACCAUCAUACAUAACUAUUUGAGUGGUUUGGAAACUACAUUAAACUAGAGGUCUUUUAGAUUUUCUGCUCACUGGACUGCUAAUUAAUGAAUUAUUAUAAUGCUUCAUUCAACUUUAUUAAAGAAAUUAUGCAGGAUAUAAACACUAAUUCUAAAUGCCAUUUUCUUUUGUAGAACAAAGAAUUUAGUUCCCUUUUAAACAAUGGUAAAAUAUGACCCUGGCAUGAAAAUAGAAAACAAGCUUGGUAGAUAAGAUUUUUUCUGUACACCACUACAGAAGUGAGCCCCUAACUCAGCAGCAGACCAUUUUGUUUUAGUUUAAACUUUAUUUCAAAGCAAUACAUGUGCUUAUUUUUUGUUCCCUGUACUUGCUGCUCAAGCUUAUGUUAUUGAUAUAUUUUCUGAACGUCAUUAAAAAAUAAAUUUUUACUGCAACAUAAGACUUUUUAUGAUAGACUAUGGUACAAUAUUAAUUAAUUAGGAACUAGAUCGAAGUAAGUAUUUAUCCUAUAAAUGUGACCAAAUAAUAUCAUAGUACGAGUAAAACUUAACAUAUUGUCUCAUCUAUUUUAAGAAAAGAGUCAAGAAACCCUUUUUGUUUACAUAAACCGACUGUUUGAACUAGUCCAUGGGAUGACUUGGCUAAUGCUCAGUUAGUCAUGAAAUAAAAUUUACUCAUUCAUAUGUACAUGUAACUUUAUGUUGUUUAUGUUAAAAAUAAAAUAUUGAAAUUUUUAUUAAUGAUAGAAGGUUUAAAAUGUGUUUUGAUUUACAAGAGUUUUACAGUACAGUUUUUUUGAAACUUGUUUACUUCCCAAAAUGAAUUUUUUUUAGCAUAGUUGUGACAUCUAAGUAAAGUCUGGAGGACCUGAACUUUUCAUAUUGUACUAUGAAUUUGUAUUUGGUAUUUAAAAAUUGACACUUAGAAAUGUGUCACAAUCCUGAGAGUUAACAUGAAACAAAACUAUACAUUUAUAGCUUUUGUUGAGUAGCAGCUACAUUAAUUCAUUGUAGUGAUUAUUUACAUCACAUAGAUAAGAUUAAUCAAGAGUCAAAACAAUCAAGAAUCUUUUAGUCUAAUCUUUAAACGAAAGUGAUUUGUCUUUGAAUAACGAAAUAUUUUAAUCUUUAAAUGAGCCACUAUACAUUUAUAGAUGUGCUUUAUUUUUAAUUCGAAAAACUACAUAAAUAUUUAAAAUAUUGCUAAAUUAUAGAACUAACCUAGGUUUGAUAGAAAGUGAUUACUUGUUUUCUGUAAAGUUAAGAUAAUAUGGGAAAAUGAACUCAAAUUGUAACCUGAACCGUAUAGCAGUAAUACAGGUACAAUAUAUGUAAGGAUAAAUAUGUUAAACAAAUAAGUAAGUCUCCGGUCUCUAUAAUUAAGUAAGUAAUCUUUUUAUAAGUUAGCCAAAGGUUGAAGGGAUUAUUUUAUUCUAUAUGGCCAUGUCUUCAUUUGUAUUAAGUGAGGUUUCAUGAAUACAAGGUACUUAUUUCUUGGUUACAUUGUUUUGUUGUCACUAAGUAACUUUUAUGUCAUAAAUGUAAAUAAAGCAUUUAUUUCAUAUUGGGUUUUAUUUUUAUUGAUUGUUUUGGAUUAAUUAAGGAAGUUGACGGAUGUAAUUAAUUUCACAUGCUUUAAUUGCUUCCUUACAUUGCUUUUUAGUUAGAAACUAGAGCCGGUGAAAAUACAUUGGAUUAGUUAAUUUAUUUUUACUAAUAUUAAGUUAUUUAUUAAGUUUAAUCUGUCUUUGUAAAUGUAUAUUUCUUUUCUUUAAUUUAUUCCUCCUUAUACCUUGAUGUUAAGUUACCAAACUCAUUGGAGUGUGACGCAUGUAAACAGAUGAAUCCAGUUUUGGGUUUGUAAAACCAAGAUCUAUUGGUCUAAUGGUUUGAUCUGUACGUUUUGCAAGCUUUGCUAGCUUAUACUAAGUAUAUACAGUACAUGAACAUUGUUAUGUGGAAUCAAUAAAAGUUUAGAUAUAACAUUAAUUUAUAUGAUAAAACAUAUUAUAUAGAUUAACAUUUAAACCAUUUAGUUAUUAACCUACUGUAAAGAAUAACAAUUGUCUCUGAGAUUAUCAAUGUAAAAUUUUUAUCGGCUGCAUGAACCAAUACUACAAAUAUUCUACUAUUUUUCAACACAUUCUUAUAUUGUAUUAUAUAGAUAAAACUACCAUUACACUUAUAGUAGCUAGCCCUACUCUAAAAAAAUAACACAUGUGAAAGCGUUAACACUCUCUAUGACUAAUUUUUAAUUUAUAUCACAAAAUUAUGAACAUUUCUGUAAAAGGUAGUGUAUUAAUUAAAUUAAAGAGUCCAAUUAUUCACUCAGCUUACUCAGGUAUUUUUAAAGUCACUAUCAUUAAUCAAUCUUAAACGUUUGAAAAGAUUUUAUUUGACUCUUUGAGUGUUAUUUGGGGCAGUUUCAGGAUUAGAGAAUGUGAAAAUGUCUGUUCCUUAACCCAUUGUGGGCGGUACAAUAUCUGUGUGCUUGAUACACCAUGGCCGAAGAUAUUGGUAGUGCGAGACUGCGCACCAGUGGUAUACAGUCAACCACAUGUUAUUUGUGGAAAUUGUUUUCUGCAGUGUUUGUUAUUUUAACAUAUCCAUUUUUAUAUAUUAGCUUAUACAUUUUUCAGAUAAAUAAAUCUGAACAAAUAAAUAGUAGAAUAAAAUCUUUUAAUCACGUUUAUUUAUUGGAGCUCUGACCUGAAGUUAUCCAAAGAAAAGAGAAAUAGAUGUUGAAAAAGCAAAAUAUAAUAAAAGCUAUCAAAAACAAGGAGGUAAAACUGCACGAGGUUUACUAUUGUUGUUAUGGGUCGUUUUACUACAGCCAGUUCUUCAGCAAUUUUUCUUCCUUCAAGUAUUUCUUAUUUCUAAAUAUACACUCAAAAGUCGCUGAUACAGGUUUUGAUCACCACUACUGUUAAGUAGAACCUUCUCUUGCUUAUAAACCCCUUUGUGAUAUCCAAUUUAAACUUGGCAAUACAAAGAUAAUUAAUUUUAAUACCUAAAGCUAGAUUCAUAUCAUACAGUGAAACAAUUUGUCAAAUAUAAUUGCUCUUAUUUGUAAGGAAUGGUGUCUCUAAUAUUGUAAAUUGUAUUACAUACAUGUGUAAUGAUGUUAACAAAUAUAUUACAAUGUUUUCCAAACUAA